AUGAUUACCAUUCACCCCUACUACACGUUCUUCCAGGGCGCCUUUCGCUUUGCUGAGGGCAAGAAGCUCACUCAGCAACAGUACCAGUAUCUCAUGCUCUUUUGGGGGAUUGCGCGAAGCAAGCGGAACGUGAGCCUUUUGAAACUGCAUAAGGAUCCCAUCCGUGACCUUGUCGGCCUUCCCCUGGGACCAGAAGGCGCACUCUUCGUGAGCUCACAAGAGUUCCUGGAUCUUCCGAAGGAGGUGCAGGUCGAGUUCCUUCACCAGCGAGAACAUCAACUGGCCCUUUCCAUCACCUCUGUGGGACACACAAGUCGCAGCACCGGCAAUGCGGAGCCCUUUCACGACAAGUGUGACUGCCAUUGGGUGCCGACAAUGGAGGGAACCGGGUUGGAAUGGGACCGUACCAGAACGAACUUUGAGGACUAUGAAUUCUGGAUUCAAUAUAUAGCGAGGAACAUACUGAAGCCUUGGGGCCUACGCCUGGAAGGAGAGCCGUGCACUUUUGGACCCACACUCGACGGAGCCACUCUCUUCCAUCUCCUACUCGGCCUCGACACAUCUCAUCCAACGGUUCCCCGCCUCCUAAAACGCCUCGCAAAUUCCGGGAAAGUCCAGCCAAGCAUGCUGGACCGCCUCGUGGUUAUGCCUCGUUUUGUGGGAAACAUAAGCAAUCCCUUGACUGCCGCAGUCUUCUUGGGAGACCGCCUCCUGACUGGCUGGUUGCUUGCCAAUGGGGCAAAUCCGAACUGCUUUGAGGUCGUCACCUUCUCGGACGGUGACAAGCGCGUAUCGGAGUCUUCCUGGCCUAUCGUGCAAGCUUCAGUGCAAGGAAAGCCAUGCUUUCUGAAGUUGCUGCUCGAAGCAGGUGCCAGCGUGCACGUGGCUAGGGGACCAAUCACCCGCAAAGUUCUGUUGGGUUCUCCUGGGACUGUGGAGGCCCCUUACCGGAAUCUCAGAGAGAUGACGUCGCUGCAUCUCGCUGCCUAUCAUCGCCUUUUCGAAAACGUCCGGAUCUUGGUUCUGCACGGGGCCGACUUCAGAAGGGAGUGCGACUUUCGGGAGCACCGUUAUAAGUACGGGGAUCACGGCGAGUCGACCGCAAAAGACUUGCGAGUUCCGAGGGGCGCAGUGGAAGCAGGAUUCCAAGAUGCUCACGAGCGGCAUGCCAACUUUCAGCGGUUUUGUCCAGCAUAUGACGUGCUCGUUGAGAAGGCCGUGUCUAAGGCGCUCAAACAGUAUGAUGCGACAGUCCGAGCAGCUGUAGGAAAAAGGCGCUUUUUAGUACUCGGUUGCCUCAGCUAA